AUGGUGAAUCGUGGAGUCGUCCGUAAACCUAGUAGUCAGGGUUCUACGGGCAGUCAUGCAUCAUCAUCAGGAGAGCUACAUGAUUCUUGUCCUACUAGUCAUGGAGGCGGUAGACCUAUAUUAAAUGGAGGUGGAACACCUAUAUCACAUGACUUCAUUCCUACGAUUCCCGAACGUACUACAGCGACACCAUCAGCUGAUGUUGAUAUUAGGAGGUUAGCCGUUGGGGAUUACGUAUAUCGUGUUCAUGUUGAUCGAGUGAGUGGUUAUCUAGGGUUACUACAACAGAUGAACCAAGAUGGGGGACUUUAUAGUGAUGGAGAUAUUGAUGAGCGGCAUGGUCAAGCUACGCCACACAGUUCGAAUAGCACAGACGUACAUAAACCUUAUGAUUCGGAUCAAAGACAUGAUGAGAAAAUCAAUACAAACUUUAAGUUUGGCAUUCUGGAGCGAUACAUAGACAUCAUGAGUACGUAUAGGGAAAUAUUAGCAAAGAUGGCCAUAACUACCGGACAUGAUAUCUCAGUGGAACGGAUUGACUUUGAUAUUAUGUGGAAUUUUGUACCUCGUGGGAUGCAAUCUCAGAGGAAGGAUGAUUUUUGCACGGCGUACUCUCGAGCUUUUCUUGAGAAGUAUGGGGAUGAUUUGCGUGAUCACCCGAUCGAUGUGUUGAACUGUGGGAGAAAACCCAAAGGGAGAUAA